GUAAUAUUGCGUGAUAUUCCACGUACUUACCCGGAAUUGGAAUUCUUCAAAGACAAUGGCCGUGGUCAGCAAGCCUUAUUUAAUGUUAUCAAAGCUUACAGUAUUCAUGAUACUGAAGUUGGCUAUUGCCAGGGUAGUGCCUUCAUCGUUGGUCAGCUACUGCUUCAGAUGCCAGAAGAAGAGGCAUUCGCAGUUUUUGUGCGUUUAAUGGAAGCAUAUCGUUUGCGAGAGCUGUUCAAACCAGCGAUGACCGAACUGGGCCUAUGCAUGUUUCAACUUGAGUGCCUUGGAAUGGAAUUUGUAUUCCGAAUAGCAAUGGCCAUUUUACAACAGGCACGUCUAGAUUUGCUGAAACUCGAUAUGGAAGGAAUGCUUAAGGGAAGUGGUAGAGCCAAAAAAAUGCCAUUGCUAUUCGGAAUAUUUGGAAUACAAAUUCCAUUCUCCGAAAAAAAAACAGUUUUAUCUGUAAUCUACCGCUCAGUAAUCAUCUACCGUCCACUUGCUAGUUAA